CACACUCCCAGCUGGACUUUGCCCAAGUCCGAAGGGCCGGUACGAAGUGACCCCCUCGCUGCUGCACCCUUCUUCUCCAAGCGUCCCGAGAGAUAUUGGUCUGGUGAUAUCUUCAGAAACCUCAUCACCUGUGGCUGUAGAGCAUGUGGGAAGGGCGGCGCGUGGAGGAGCUGCCCACUCCGGCCUUCACGGUGGAUCUCGACGUAGCCACGAGGAACGCGGAGCGGAUGCGGGAGCGUUGCCGGGCCCUGGGGGUGGCCCUCAGGCCCCACAUGAAGACCCACAAGACCCUGGAAGCUGGGCGCCUCAUGACGGGGGGCUCCCUGAGGGGAAUCGUGGUCUCCACGCUGGCUGAAGCCCGGCACUUUGCGGACGGGGGCUUCGACGACAUCCUGUACGCCUACCCGCUGCCCUUCGACAAGGUGGACGCUUCCGCCUCCUUGGCGGAGAAGCUGGAGGCCUUCCAGGUGAUAGUGGACAGCGCAGAGGCCCUGGAGCGGCUGAAGGGGAGGCCUCUGCGUACUGGGCAGCCCUGGAAAGUCUGGCUGAAGAUCGACUGCGAGAACGGACGAGCUGGCGUGAAAACCUCGGACCCCGCAGCCGUGAAGCUGGCCAAGGCCGUCUCUGAGGGGGCCACGGAGCUGGUGGGCGUCUACGCCCAUUGUGGGAACUCGUACGGGUGCCACGGCCUGUCGGAAAUCCAGUCGGUUGCCCAAAAAACCACCGAGCUUGUCCUCAAGUUUAUGGAGCAGCUCCGGGAAGCCGGGGUGCCCUGUCCGAAAUCCAGCAUUGGCUCCACGCCCUCCUGCAGCCACCCGGUGCCCGCCAUGGGCCAGCUCAGCGAAGUCCACCCAGGAAAUUAUAUUUUUUACGAUCUCCAGCAGACGAUGAUUGGCUCCUGCCAGCUUGAGGACGUGGCCGUGCGAGUCUGGACACGAGUGAUUGGUCACUACCCACACCGCAACCAGUUACUGGUGGACUGCGGAUGGACAGGGUUGAGCCUGCACAGCCUGGGUCAGCUGCCCACCGGCUUUGCCCUGGUGGACGGCCACCCAGACCUCAAAUUGGUGGCAAUGACUCAGGAACACGGAAAAAUCGAACCCAUGACCGGGAUACUGGAUUUUGCCAAGUUCCCCCUGGGCAGCCUUCUGGCUCUGAUCCCUUACCACGCGUGUGCCACGGCCGCGAUGCACCCCGUCUUCUUCGUCCACCGCGGGGGCCGUGUGGUGGAGACGUGGAAGCCGGUGCGAGGCUGGUGAAAAGACAAGAUGAAGAAGAUCCUGGCUUGUACAAUCAUUUGAGGGUCCCACAAAUCGUUUGAACAAGGGAAUGUCCAGUUUACAACUUCGCAAGAUCUGAAUUGUCAACUUACUUGUAGGUAAAGUCCAGUUGCAGUUAAGGUCAAGCCAGGAGCCCCCUGGUUGCUGAACCAUCCAAUUCCUAUCAAGCCACGAAUGGUGGCUUGUAAAGACAUGACCAACUUAAGUCAGUGAAACAAUUCUGUUUGUAAAAAGAGAGAUUUCCUCCCCCCCACCCCCCAAAAAAAGUACUGGUUGUCCUUGACAUACAUCCGUUGCUAAAUGAGACCCUUGUUAACUGAGUUCCGCCCCGUUUUACGACGUUUCCUGCCACCCCCGUUGUUAAGCGAACCCCUGCGGUCGUUAAGUUAGUCACACGGUCACGAAGUGAAUCUGGCUUCUCCGUUGGCUUUGCUUGUCAGAAGGUCGCAAAAGGGGAUCACGCGACCCCCCUACCCUCCCUUGGGAAACUCAGGCCGUCAUAAAUAUGAACCUGUUCCCAAUGGUUUGCGACGGUUGUGUGGAAAAUGGUCAGUGAUGUUGUGAACAGUCGCUAAACGAAUGGUUGUAAGUGUGCAAAGCCCUUGAGGGAGGAGAGAGGAGCUCUUUUCGCACCAGGCAGAGGAUUAGGGGUAGAGUAGUCCCCCCCCUCCCCUUGAGGUGUAGGCUGGAUAGAUGGACUCAGGCCUGAUCCCACACGCUCGAAACCUAGUUUAAAUCUUUGCAGUUUUCGGAACCACCUAACUGGCAUUCGUGUUCCAGGGGGUG